CGGCCCGCCCCCGGCCCUCCCGGCCCGGCCUCCCGAGCGCCCCUGUCAGAUUGUGGCGGCUGGCCGCGCGGUGCGCUCCUUCCCUACUGCCUGGGCGAGGAGGCUUGUGUUCAGGCACACCCCCACGUCCCUUCGGCGCCGCUGCCUCUGCUCCACUGGCCUCCGCUCCACCCAGCCCUCCGCCACACGCCGGUAGCGACAUGGCACACGCGGCGGUACGCUGCCCCAGCGCUCGGGGCUCCGGGGACGGAGAGAUGGGCAAGCCCAGAAAAGUGGCGCUCAUCACUGGCAUCACGGGCCAGGAUGGUUCAUACUUGGCUGAGUUCCUGCUGGAGAAAGGCUACGAGGUCCAUGGAAUUGUGCGGCGAUCCAGUUCGUUCAAUACAGGUCGAAUUGAACAUCUGUAUAAGAACCCCCAGGCUCAUAUUGAAGGAAACAUGAAGUUGCACUAUGGUGACCUCACUGACAGUACCUGCCUUGUGAAGAUCAUUAAUGAAGUAAAGCCUACAGAGAUCUACAACCUUGGAGCCCAGAGCCACGUUAAAAUUUCUUUUGACCUGGCUGAAUAUACUGCAGAUGUUGAUGGAGUUGGCACUUUACGGCUUUUGGAUGCAGUUAAAACCUGUGGCCUUAUCAACUCUGUGAAGUUCUACCAAGCCUCAACAAGUGAACUCUAUGGGAAAGUGCAAGAAAUACCCCAGAAGGAGACUACUCCUUUUUAUCCUCGGUCACCGUACGGGGCUGCUAAACUCUAUGCCUAUUGGAUUGUGGUGAACUUCCGAGAGGCAUAUAAUCUCUUUGCAGUUAAUGGCAUUCUCUUCAAUCAUGAAAGUCCCAGAAGAGGAGCUAAUUUUGUUACUCGAAAAAUUAGCCGGUCAGUGGCUAAGAUUUACCUUGGACAACUGGAAUGUUUCAGCUUGGGAAAUCUGGAUGCCAAAAGAGAUUGGGGCCAUGCCAAGGACUAUGUAGAGGCUAUGUGGCUGAUGUUGCAGAAUGAUGAGCCAGAGGAUUUUGUCAUAGCUACUGGGGAAGUCCAUAGUGUUCGGGAAUUUGUAGAGAAAUCAUUUUUGCACAUUGGAAAAACCAUCGUGUGGGAAGGAAAGAAUGAAAAUGAAGUGGGCAGAUGUAAAGAGACCGGCAAAGUUCACGUGACCGUGGAUCUCAAAUACUACCGACCAACCGAAGUGCCAUGUGCCUCCAGCCAGGAAAGGGCUCGUAAUUAGAGUUGCAGGCUCCUAUUCUGCUGCCACCUCGAGACAAGACCCACAGUCAUCGAGAACCAUCAAGAAGUCCCCAACCUGGAGUGACAUUUGUCUCCGAGAAUAGCUCUUUUUCCUCUGCUUUAUGGCAUGAUUACCCAGAAUGGGCAGGGGAAGUUAAGAUUCGGAUAUGUGCCAAAAGAAGCCUUCAAUAUGUGAUAUUUAAGAACUUACUGCUAAGAUUAAGAAGGUUGUCACAAACAGCUUUUAAAAACCUACCAACAUUAUUAAUUAGUAAAGCCAAGAAAUGUUAAGUGAAACAGCCAUAAUUUUUCCUUCAACCCAAGCCUAAAAUUUCCAUUCUGUGCCCUUCUGGACCCUUUUCACCUUCCUUACUCUUCCUGUUGAAUGUUCCUACUACAUACCUGCCCAGCCCAAGAGCUCAGUGAGAUUGAGCUGUGGGUAAAGGUGAAUGGGCCCCUGCAAGGCCUCCCCCGCUGUCAGAAUUCAGGAGCCUGUCGACAUAAGCCUGGCAACAUGAACGUCAGUGAUCUGUCACCAUAGGAGGAGAUGAGGAAUAUAUCACCAACUGACCUUUUAAUUACCUUUUAAGGUUAAACAAGUAUGUGGUUUUUUUGUUCUUACUUUAUUAAUAAGACCACUUAGCAAACAAAGAACUUUACUAUCUGUAUAGUUGAAAACAGGAGAGUAAUAACAACACUUGGCAUUCCGAUACCACUUUUUAUCCAGAUGUCCCAAGGUGCUUUGCAAACAUCAAGCUUGGUCUCCUCACUACCUUCUUCUUUGUAAGGUAGGUUAAGAAAGAAAGAGA